AUAUCUCAGCCUCUUUUAUAUGCCAGCACACACAGUCUGCUUUUACAGGAACUCUGGAGUGAAUGAGACAUGGCUACGAUGGACUCCAGCAUAACAACAACGGAGAACUAUUCUGCUUACUACAACAUAUUUGGUAACUUGUUCUCAGACUGCAACAACACCAGUGUAACGGCCUUCAGCCAAGCCUUCCUCCCUUCCCUCUACAGUAUCAUCUUCAUUGUGGGUUUAGCUGGCAAUGGCCUGGUGGUUUUUGUUCUGCUAAAGUACCACAAAACAUCCAACAUGUCAGAUCUGUGCCUCUUCAACCUGGCUGUUUCAGAUCUUCUUUUCCUUAUCUCAUUGCCUUUCUGGGCCCACUACGCUGCCAUCUCUGAGUGGACCUUUGGGAGCUUCAUGUGCCAUUCAGUGACAGCGCUCUACAUGCUGGGAUUCUAUGGAAGUAUCUUCUUCAUGAUCCUCAUGACUGUAGACCGCUACGCUGUCAUUGUCCACACCUAUAAGUCUCUCCUCUCCAAGCACCGGUCAGCCAGAGCUAGCAUAGUGCUGUCUUUGUUUAUUUGGGCACUUAGCUUGGGAGUUUCUCUGCCAGCCAUCAUUUUCUCCCAAGUGAAGAAUGAAUCGAGUGCAUGGAAAUGCAGGGUGGAAUAUCCACAAGCGACAAUGUGGAAGCUAGUCUCUUACAUUGAGCUGAACAUCCUCGGAUUGAUCAUUCCUCUCUUAGUGAUGGUGUUCUGCUACUCACGUAUCAUCCCCAUCUUAAUGACCAUGAAGUCUCAGAAAAAACACAAAGCUGUCAAGCUCAUGUUGAUCUUGGUUACUGUUUUCUUCCUCUUCUGGACGCCCUACAACAUUGUCAUCUUCCUGAAGUUCUUAUAUCAACUGGGCUACAUGAACACAUGUUUGUGGGAUCAGGACCUGAACAUGGCUAUGCAGUGGGUGGAAACCAUAGCGUUCAGUCACUGCUGCCUCAACCCCAUCAUCUACGCCUUUGUGGGGGAGAAAUUCAGGAAUUUAUUUCUAAAGGUUCUGAAAGAGUGGUUUCCUCUUUGCUUUGGGCACUGCACAACAAUUGAAAGUGAGUUCUCAGAAAGGAUGACCUCUACAGUGCUUUGCAAAAGUAUUCAACCCUCUUAAAAAUAAUCAGAUUCUGGAUUGCAAGUGACACACAGAUUGCUUCAGCCUGUAUUUUUUAAUUGCAAACCAGUAUGCUCUUAAAGUAAAUUUCCAAAGUCAAAAUUCAUUAUUUUUAAGGAGAUCUUUAAAAAAAAAUGAAAAACUGGAAAAUGCUGCUUGCAUAAAUAUUCAACCCCUUCAGUCUACUCCUUGGUUGAACCGUCUUUUGCUGCAGUUUUAAGUAUGUUGGUAAGUUCCUAUAAGCUUUGCACACUGUUUGGGAGUGAUUUUCACCAAUUCUUCCUGGCAGAUUUGCUCCACUUUCUUCAGGUUGGAUGUUUUUUGUUGACUGCAAUUUGUGUCACAGAUUCUCAGUGGGAUUUUGGAGUCUCAUCUAUCAAAGUAUGCAUAGAACAACUUUUAAAUUUGCGCAUAAAACUACCGGUUUGCAAAAAAAAAAAAGUAUUUUAUCACAUGUGUAUGCAUAACUGUACAUAAUGGCCACUGAUAAAUAUCAUGCAUUCUAAAUUGUUGUGCCCAUGCACAGCCACACUCAUUUGCCUGAAGAAACACCCCCAAAUUGCUAUAUGUGGUAAACAAUUUCCUCUUAAAAAAACAAUUGGCACUGAUUGUUAUGGACAACAUGGAGCAUGUCAAAAGGUCUGAGAAGGUGAACUUCAUCAACAAUGAAGUAGAGUUAAUGUUGCACAAAGGUUUAUUUGGCAUUUGUUUUAUGAGUGGUUUGUCUAAGAAAUAAAUAUGAUUUUCAAACCAUUUUAUGAGUACAUGUGCAUUCUAUUGCUGUAAUUACAUGUAGAAACUCUGUGAUGAUGUGAAAAUUCAUCAUUUUUGCUGUCUUUUCCACUACCAGUUUUGGAGAUGCAAAGAAUUGUGGUUUUAGUGCUGUAAAUGAAGGUAAGAAGUCAUUAUUUGGCUUAUAGUUGGUUUGGAAAUGUCAGACUUGUCUCCCGUUUCUCUUUGAAACAUGCCUGUGCCUAUAACCUCUAGAAUAGUGAUCAACUAAAACAGAACUGGGCAAACACUAAUAUACUUUUUUACACCCUAUUCAUAAGUUAUGAAAUUCUAUUACUUUAUCUUUACUUUCCUUAAAAUAUUCUUUAAAUGAUCCUUAGUCUUAAUUUUCACUCAUUUCCUUCAGACUCAAAGUUUCUUCAGUGGCAAUUCAACUGAGGUGGUUUUUGUUCAGAAAAUGUGAGCUUUUAAUAUUUCACAGGUGAAGGCCUAUUAUAAGUCAGGUGUGUCCUUAAUACAAUAUCUUUUAUCUGGAGCAUCCAGAACCUGGGACUGAAUACUUAUGCUGGCAGCAUUUUUCAGUUUUUAAUUUUCUUUGAAAUACUUGCUGACCAACAAUUUGACUUUGAACAUGAGUUCGCAAAAAAAAAAAAAGAAAAUACUGACAUGAAGAAUAUAUCAAUUAUGAUCAAUUCCAGGGGGUUUGAAUACCUUUGCAAGCCACUAUAUGUACUCACGCUCCAAUAUGUGUGUAAUCUACUGAUAAUAUGUAAUCACAUCAUAUUAACUACUAAUAAAUCUCUUUUAUCCUGCUUUGUAUUUUAUUUGUCAUACUAUUUGCACAGUGUAUCUGAUGCAUAGUGGAGUUACUGUUACUACUCAGUGUUUAUUAUCUUCUGACAUUGUUACUGGAAUAUAUUGUUGUGAAAAUUGUGUUGUGUUGCUUGUUAAGAGAGAACACUGCAUUGCAUAAUAAAUAAAACACUUGAGAGCAUGCUUUA